AUGUCAUCAAGUAUAAAACGAGUUUUCAACGAUUCAACAAAUGAAAAAAAACGUAUAAAAAAUGAUUCAGCUAUUGAUUUAAAUUUUGAUAUUGAAGAAUUAAAACAUGAAAAAUCUCAAUCAUCCUAUUCAACAUCUAUGUUAUCUGAGUCAUUGAUUGAUAAUGACUCUGUAUUUGAUGAUGAUGUAUUUGAAGAUGAACAAAAUGUUACUGCAUCUCUAUCAAAAAUCAGUCAAAAUCAAGGUCGACAACGAUUAAAUGGAACAUCAACAUAUCAAACAAAGGAAAAUAAAACUAAACGAAAAAGUAAAUGUAUAAAAAAAGAAACUGUUAUAAUUGAUCAGACAUUAAAUCAAUUGCGUGAAGAACAAGCUCGUAUUGAUGCUCAUUCUCUUUCAAUUGUUACCAAAUAA